AUGCCGCCUCGACGGAUGCGCACCGCGGACGUCUCGCUGUUCGAGGCGAUCCGCUCCUACACGGACGUUUCCGCCUCGUCCUUCCUGGUGUGCGUGGCCUGCCUAAUCGGCGUCGCGGACGUGGGCUGCGCCGUGGCCCUCUACGGGGUGGUCCAUUCGUGGGCUCCCCGGUCGUGGGGCCCGCUGGUCAUGCUGCAGCACGUGUGGGGAGAUCAGAACUUCUCCAAGGACACCGCCGACAUUCUGCUGCUUGUGGUCGCGCGGCUGUCGGUGCUGCCGCUGAUCGCAUUUUUGGCGGCCACGAAAGGAAAACCGCCAAACACGGCUCCCGCGUCGACGGCGAGCGGUGCCGGCAACGCCUCUGAUGGCAACUCCUCCCGUGCCGGACGGGGGCGGACGAACCAAGUGGUCGGGAAGAAGAAAUCUCUCUGGCGCCGCGUCUGCGGCUGCUUUGGCUACGGCGAGUCAGCCACAAGUGCAGGAAGAGGAGGCACAAGCGGCCGGCGUCAAGCCCCGUCGUCGGACCUCAACUCUUUGGAGGGAGGAGAGUCCUUGCACCAGCCGCUGUUGUCGAGCACCCAUGGCCGGGGCGCGGGCAGGAGCGACGAAGUAAACAGCAGCGGUUACGAAAACGGUGGCGGGUUGUCCAUCAACGGAGGCGCGUCGGAGGAAAAAUCUGUCGCGGCCGGGGAGGGGGACAAGGUGACGAAGACGGAGAUCGAGACAGACGGGGCGCGGAGGGAGCGAGAGAAGGAGGAGGCGGAGCGGGCGGCGGCCGAGGCGGCCGAGGCGGCCGAGGCGCUCGCCGAGAGGAAGAAGAGCGCGUUUCUCGUCGUCAUGUUUGCCUUGAGCACGGCCAUGCAGGUGUACACUGGCGUGAAAUGCGUGAGGUUUCGCUUCACGAAGGAGGUUCCAGAGGGGGUUCUCAUGGGGAUCGGCGUUCUGUGGCUGAACGCGAUGGUGUGGGCCCUCAACCAGCUCGUCGCCGACGCGACGAUGGAGGAGGGUCUUCUGGAGCCCUCUCUUCACCCCCACAGAUUGUUCCCGGGGUCGAUGGCCGGACAUCGGUGCGACAUAUGUCAGCAGAGAAUCAAGAGUCAAGACGCCAAGGGGUGGAGGUGCAAGCUCUGCGAUUUCGAUCUCUGCCGUUCCUGCUACGAGAAAAAGGACCGCCGCGGUGCAGAAGGCGCGCUGAGGGGGGACAAGGGGUUGCGGGACGAGAAGAACCUGUCGACGCUGACCUACUUCAAGAGGGCGCUCCGCCUCGCCGGCCCGCACUGGCCCUUCUUCAUGGUGGCAUUCGCGUGCCUGGCCAUCUCCAACACCGCCAGGAUAGCGCUCCCGAACUUUCAGGGGGGCAUCUUGGACAAGGUCGUGAACGGAGAUGAGGAGGGUUUCAAGCGCUACAUCGUGCUCUACAUCAUCCUGUCGGCCGUCACGGGCACUAUUGGAAGCGUUCAACGCUUGUGCUUUCGCCUGGCCGGCGUCCGGAUAGCCAUCGGUGCGCGGAACAAGCUCUUUCGAGGGGUCAUAUCGCAGGACGUGGCGUUUUUCGAAGGGACCACAACCGGGAAGCUCACCUCCCGCCUCACGAGCGACGUGAACGCGAUGGUAUCGCCCUGCACCUACAUGCUCGGCACGCUGUUCAGCAACAUCCUCUUGCUGGCGGGCGGGAUGGUCAUGUGCUUCGUCACGAGCUGGCGCCUCAGCAUGCUGGCCUUCACCACCGUGGGACCCAUCUACCACAUCACCCAGAGAUACGCCAAGUGGAGCCAGCAGUUGAACGUAGAGAUCUACGUGGCAUACGGCGAAGCCAACGGCCACGCGACCGAGGCCCUCAGCAACGUCCGCACUGUCAAGGCCAUGAGCACGGAAGUACAAGAAAUGGCCAAGUACGACACGGCGACGCAAGUCGCUCUGGACAAGGGAGUCAAGGACUCCUUUGGCUCCGCCGGCACGAACGCCAUGUCCAGCUACCUCGACUUGGGGGCAGGGGCUCUGAUCCUGUGGUACGGGGGCAGCCUGGCGAUGGAGGACGACCGCAGGAUGACGGCGGGACGGCUCAUCACCUACCAGCUGUACUGGAACAUGAUCAACAAUUCCUGGCAAGCUCUUCUUGGUGUGAUCAGCAGCCUCACGAGGGCGGCGGGCGCGGCGCAGCGCGUGUUUAGCCUCAUGGACUCCCUGCCGGACAUCGACAUCGACAGCGGCCUGCCCCUCGACGACCUGAGGUUCAGGGGGGAGAUCGCGAUCAAGGGGGUGGAGUUCACGUACCAGAUGCGCCCAGACAACAAGGUGCUCAAGGGCGUGGACUUGCACAUUCCCGCGGGAAGCACUUGUGCACUAGUGGGGCGGUCCGGGAGCGGCAAAACCACCCUCGUGCACCUCCUGCUCCGUUUCUACGACCCGCGGGCGGGGCAGAUUUUUGUGGACGGAGUACCGCUGACCGACCUCAACCUCCGGGAGCUGCACCGGAAGACCGCCAUCGUGGCACAGGACACCCAGCUCUUCGCCACGAGCAUCUACGACAAUAUCACCUACGGGUUGGAGGAAGGGGAGUUCACGGAAGAAGAGGUCUACGCCGCGGCCAAGCAGGCCUGCGCCCACGACUUCAUUUCCGACUUCGCCGAUGGAUACCACACACGGGUGGGCGAGAGGGGCACACGUCUCAGCGGUGGGCAGAAGCAGCGCGUCGCUAUCGCCAGGGCCUUGCUUCGUAAGCCUCGCAUCCUUCUUCUGGACGAAGCGACGUCCGCCCUGGACGCGGAGUCGGAGGCGUCGGUGCAGCAGGCCCUGGACAAGCUGGUCGAGAGGGGGGCCGGCAGCACCACCGUCGUUCUCGUCGCCCACCGGCUGUCGACGGUGAUGAACGCCGAUAACAUCGCCGUGCUGGACAAAGGCCGCCUGGUGGAGCAGGGCACCCACGACAGCCUCGUGAGGGCUGGAGGGGUGUACUCGAGCCUAGUGGCCCGGCAGAUUUCUCGUGCGGCGAACACGCUGCAGCAGGAGACUGAGGGUGUUCAACCUUCUGGCGGCCCAGUUGACAUCGACACCCUCAUGGACGAGUUGGAAGGCAAGAAAACAGGAAAAGCCGGAGGGGGUGGUGGCGGCGGAAAUGGACAGGGGAACGGGGAUGAUACCAAUGCCGACGGCGGUAGCGAGGCCAGAAAGAGGCGUGGCGGUGGCCGCGGGGGACGGGGACGACGGUAG